AUGACUAUGUCCCGUGAGAAAAAUCUCGUCAAGCUCGACGACGUGCCUGCACCGGGAGGAGACACCACACCGCAACCACUCAACACUACUGCGCCAGCUACGGAUGGCCAUCUGGCGCGAGAGACAGCGCAUCACAAGAGAAAGCGCCAGGAGCACGACGGAUUGACACGACAAACUGAAGACAGGGGUCGAUCGCAGGAGGAAACCAGUUCAACGACCGAGAGCCAGGCUAUCACGUGUGCCGGAUGUCACAGAUUGCAGCUCAAGGACGAAGCCUGGCAUCGCAAAGGCAAGAUGAAGUAG